AGAAGCCGCAACAGUAGCAGACACCAGCGAAAUCAAGAUGCUGUCAGUACUGCGCAAUUGGCUGCAAAGGGAGGAGCGGGAGCGCGAGCGAAAGUUGGACUUGAUUGAGCGGGAGAACAAUUUCUUGGAUCACGAGUUGAGCGAGGAGCGGCAGCAGCAGCAGCAGAAGGGAGAUUCGUCCUGCAUGCAGAACAUUAUCAAAAGCAAACAGGAAAUGGACAACAGCACGUGGCAGGAGGCGGAUGACAAGUCGUGCUCGAGCCGGCAGGGCGUCGUCACGGAGCUGCACAGCAAGGGCGGCGUCAUCGACACGUACAUCCCCUUCGACGGACCAUCGUCCGAUCAUAUCUACCAUCAGCUGGUCAAGGGCUCGGUGGUGGAGUAUUUGGCGUACAAGAAGGCCAACGAGGAGUUCCUCAAAGUGGUCAAGAUACUGAAGGUGAUUGAGCAAGGCUGGGGAGAAUCAAUCACCGAUUCAACGAUAACGGCAGCUGUGGAGUCCUUGAAGCUUGAGGACUCCACGUACUUCAAGACGCAGGAGCGCAUUGUUCAAGGCAUGGUCAUCGAACGUCUGCAAUCCACCAUCGAAGUGGACACCAGCUCGGGCCGUCAAAAGUUUGAUCUAGAAAACGUUGAGCUUACUUUUGUGCCCAAAAUGGGCGACUACGUGACACUCGAGUGCGCCGUGCAGCUGGACGAUGGAUAUGUGGACAAGCAGGGGGAGAUCCUGCAGUUGCUGAAGGUCUUUCCCACGCGCAUUCUCUCCAACGAGAACUGCAGGGUCGAGCGGUGUUUUCCCGAGUUUGCAGUGCUUGGAGAGAAUGCGUAUUUGUUGCGCGAGAAUUUCCCCAGUGGCACGGAGCUGCACAUGGGCGACUAUGUGCUGGCGGAUCUCAUUGAAUGUGUUUAUUCCAAAUUCACGCAUCGCGCCAUCAAGGUGAUGCCGCAGGAGAGCAAUUUUCUGUCGAUGAAGAAGGAGAAGACCUUCUCGGCCGAUCGGAAUGUCGUCAUCACUGGCGCCACUCGCUUCAUAACCACAGAGCUGUGGGAGAAGCACAAGAUCACUCUGAAGCUGCAGAACAAUUCAAAUCGCAAGUUGGAGCUGCACGAGGUGCAGCUGGAUCAUGGCCAUGCAUCGCAGAUUCGCGUGAUUGAGCCGCUUACCAAGACCUGCCUGGGGAUUGAUGGACAACUGUCGGUUAUAUUGGAGGUGGAGGCGCGCUGCAUUGGCGAGUGGGCGGAAAAGUACACGCUGGACUUUAAGAAGUUUAAGGUUGUGCGCUGCUUCAAGAUCUUUGCCUGCGAGACGCAGAAGGAGGCGGACGAUGCCGAGCGACGUCUGCUGGCGGCCGAAAGUUUCGUUGUCUCUGGCAGAUCGGAGGCGCAGCGGAAUCGCAGCUAUGCCAAGAACGUGUGGGCCAACACAUUGGAUGUGGUGCGCGGUGAGAGCGGACUUUGCAGACAAAGAUUUGUGCUCACGCGCAUUGGCAACUUCGAUGUGCCGGAGAGUCUGCGCAAUGUCUACCUGCGGGACUGUCGGCCAACGGAGGUGCUCGACGAUCUGGAGCGUCUGUAUCCCUGCUCCACCGAGGCCCUGUGCAUGGCCAACUAUGUGCAGCGCUUUCGUUUCUUUUUGCAUUUGGAGGAAAUUGAAUUUUUCGUUUGCAUUCGCAACUUUGACAGGGACAGAGCCCACAUGGAGCGCGACGGGGAGUAUCUCUCGCUCACAAUCGAGAAUCUCGCGGAGCGUCGACCCUCGCUGGUCAUCGGGGAUACCGUGUGCGCCAUCAAUCCCUGGAAGGAUGUCACCUCGGACAACAAAAGCUACUCGGGCUGCAUACACAAAGUGCUCUUCGAUCGAGUGCUGCUAAAGUUUCAUCCCAACUUCCAGGAGAAGUACAAUGGCGAGGACUACCGCCUGGAGUUUUACUUUUCGAGAUUUUCUCUUCGAAAGCAACAUCAUGCCAUCAACCAGGUUGUCACCAGCCUCGGCGAGCAGUUCCUCUUCCCCAGCAAGGUGAUGAAGCGCGCCCAUCCGCAGUUGCAGGUGCGCCUCGUCGAUGGGGAGGACAUGUAUCUGUUCGACACGAAGCUGGAGUGGUACAACAAGUCCCUCAACAGCAUACAGAAGCGUGCCGUUUUCAAUAUUCUCCGUGGCGAGGCCAUGAAUCUGCCUUAUGUGAUCUUUGGUCCGCCGGGCACCGGCAAGACUGUCACCCUGGUAGAGGCUGUGCUGCAGAUGGUGCGAAAUCUUCAAAGUUGCCGCAUCCUGGUGGCCACACCCUCGAACAGCGCUGCGGAUCUCAUUACCCGACGCAUCAUUGCCAGCAAUGCACUGGCCCCAGGCGACUUCGUUCGCAUCGUGUCGCACAAUUUGAUCGAAAAGGAACUGAUUCCCACCGAGCUGAUGCCCUACUGCGCCACCUUGGACGUGGGCAUCGAUGGCAGCUCUGAGGAUAAUAUGCUGGUCACUGAAUCGGGUCUGAAGCUGCGCUGCAAGUGGAAGUUUAUAGGCGCCCAUCGCGUCAGCAUCGGCACCUGCGCCACCCUGGGCAACUUUAUGCAAAUGUCAUUUCCGGGCGGGCACUUCACUCACCUGUUUCUGGACGAGGCCGGUCAGAGCACGGAGCCAGAGGCGAUGAUGCCCGCGGCUCUGCUUUCCAAGGAUCGGGGUCAGGUCAUUCUGUCCGGUGAUCCACAUCAGCUGCAGCCCAUAAUCUUAAGCAAGUAUGGACGUCACUGUGGCUUCGACCUCUCCUUGCUGGAGCGCUUGCUGGCCACUCAGCCGUAUGCCAAGGAUUUGGUCGGGUACCCCGACAGCUCUGGAUACAAUCCCCUCGUGCUGACGAAGCUGCUGCACAAUUAUCGCGCCCUGCCCUCGAUAAUGGCCACGUACAGUAAACUCUUCUACGACGAUGAACUCAUUUCAAUGGUGUCAGAGGAGGAUUCACGGGAGCGUACGCUGUUGGGCAGAGUGCAGUCCGUGCUGGGCACGGGAAUGCCGCGCAAUCAUGGUGUCUGCUUCGUUGGCAUUAUGGGGCAGAAUAUGCAGGACAGGGACUCGCCCUCGUGGUACAAUCCGCUCGAGGCCAGAGAGGUCUAUCUCAUGGUCAUCUCGCUCUAUCGCUGCGCAGUGACUCCCGAUCAAAUUGGCAUACUGACACCCUACACGAAGCAGGUGAAGACGAUAAGGGGACUGUUUAUGGGCACAAAUGUUGCCAUGCCAAAGGUUGGCUCCGCCGAAGAAUUCCAAGGACAGGAACGCGACAUAAUGCUAAUUUCGACUGUACGAUCCUCGGAAACGCUGCUCGUCAAGGACGCACACCUGUCCCUCGGAUUUGUGCGCUGCCACAAGCGUCUGAAUGUGGCAAUAUCCCGCGCCCGUGCCUUUUUGGUUGUUUAUGGUAAUCCUCAUCUGCUGAGUGUGGACGAUAAUUGGCGUCAUCUCAUUACAUUUUGUGCUAACAACAAUGCCUACUUUGGCUGCGAACUGCCCCAAUCUUUUGUGCCAGAGGAGUCCGAUGGGGAAGCUGACGACUCCUCCGACUCUUACCACGAAGUUAGCGACUAAAAUUUAUGCAAAUAUGACAACUGCAGUUACAUACGAUGUAAAAGCUGUGCUUUAUUUCUUUUGUUACAUCAAUUAGUAGGAAUAAAAACAUGAGAACUAA